AUGCAUCCGAGAGCAAUUUUUAUUUGUGACGGGUCGGAGGAAGAGGCUGAGGGAUUGAUUGAUAAAUGUAUUGAACGAGGCAUGAUGUCUAAGUUGAGUGCGUAUGAAAACAACUAUAUUUGCAGAACGGACCCUAAGGAUGUAGCACGGGUAGAAGGGAAGACGUGGAUGGUUACACCAAAUAGAUUCCAAACUGAAUGUCAUGUUGCUGAGGGCGUUGAGCCUGCCAUGGGUCACUGGAUGGAUGAGAAGACGUUCGAAAAAGAAUUGGAUAGUCGGUUCCCUGGUUGUAUGAAAGGACGUAUUAUGUUUGUGAUACCGUUCUCAAUGGGUCCUGUUGGCGGCCCAUUGUCAAAGAUAGGAAUCCAGUUGACUGAUUCGAACUACGUUGUGCUAUGUAUGCGGAUCAUGACGCGGGUUUCUCCUGACGUGCUACAUGUGCUAAGGGACAACGAUUUUGUUCGGUGUAUCCAUUCUGUUGGUCUUCCGAGGCCAGUGAAACGAGCAGUCAUUAACCACUGGCCUUGUAAUCCAGAGCGCGUACUGGUUGCACAUCGACCGGCUUAUCGUGAGAUAUGGUCAUUUGGCUCGGGGUAUGGUGGGAACUCUCUGCUGGGCAAGAAAUGCUUUGCGCUUCGGAUCGCUGCAAAUAUAGCACACGAUGAAGGAUGGAUGGCUGAACAUAUGUUAAUUAUGGGUGUAACAAGUCCUUCGGGGAAAGAGUAUUUUAUAGCUGCGGCGUUUCCAUCAGCUUGUGGUAAAACCAAUUUAGCAAUGUUGGAACCAACAAUUCCUGGUUGGAAAGUUCGUUGUGUUGGGGACGAUAUUGCUUGGAUGCGUUUUAAUGCUGAUGGGAAAUUACAUGCAAUCAAUCCAGAGUAUGGCUUUUUCGGAGUCGCUCCAGGGACUGCUCAAAAGACGAAUCCUGUGGCUAUUGCUACCUUUCAGAAGAACAGUAUCUUUACAAAUGUUGCGGAAACUGCAAAAGGGGAGUAUUUUUGGGAAGGCUUGGAAGACGAGAUAGAGGAUAAAAAGAUAGAUAUGAAAGAUUGGUUAGGUAAUCCGUGGCAUAUUGGCGACCCAACUCCUGCUGCUCACCCCAAUUCGCGAUUUACUGCGCCAGCGGCACAGUGCCCCAUUAUUCACCCUAAGUGGGAGUCACCAGAAGGUGUGCCAAUAGAUGCCAUCAUAUUUGGUGGCCGAAGGCCUCAAGGCGUUCCUCUUGUUUUUGAAACAUUUUCGUGGAACCACGGGAUUUUCACGGGUUUGUGCAUGAAAUCUGAGCCGACUGCUGCAGCGGAACAUACUGGAAAGAAAGUAAUGCACGACCCUAUGGCUAUGCGGCCGUUUAUGGGUUAUAAUUUCGGAAGUUAUUUGCAGCAUUGGGUUAAUAUGAAGAAGGACAAUCGUAAGAUGCCACGGAUUUAUCAUGUGAACUGGUUCCGACGAGACAGUCAGGGUAACUUCUUGUGGCCAGGGUACGGUGACAACAUCCGCGUGAUCGAAUGGAUUACUCGGAGGUUGAAUGGUGAGCAGAAUAUCGGAGUCAGCACACCAGUUGGAGUAGUGCCGACGAAAGAGUCUUUGAAUUUGGCGGGUACGAAUGUUCCUAAAAUUGAUGAAUUACUGAGCGUCCCUUUGGAUUACUGGAAAGCAGACGUCAAAGAAGUUCGCAAAUUUGUUGAGGAACAGGUGGGUUGUGAUCUUCCUUCAGUCAUUCGAGAAGAGAUGGAAGCGCAGGAGAAAAGGAUUUUCAGUGCCUAA